CUCAGGUGAAUGACCGCACGCGUGUGUAUCGGUCCGGGGGUUAAAAGCUUCGGGACCAGGUUUUGGAGUUGUAAAAGUUCUGCUCGGUGAAGCUAAGUCACGGGCUUGACCUGGAAAUGAAUAUGAUGGCGGUCAGGUUUGCUCUCCGCGUCCACGCAGCGCGAGCGGUCACGCGGAAUUCCACGCGCGCCCCGGGUCUCGGAGCCGCGCGCAGCCUCAGCAGUGACUCAGAUUUCUCCGGCAUUAAUGAACGCACUUUGGUUGCUGUGAAGCCUGACGGUGUUCAGAGGCGUCUGAUUGGUGAGGUCAUCAAGCGCUUUGAGCAGCGAGGAUUCCGAUUGGUGGGUCUGAAGAUGCUGCAGGCUCCUGACAAGCUUUUAGCGCAGCAUUACGUGUCUCUGCAGAAGAAACCCUUUUACUCCAGCCUGCUUUACUACAUGACCUCUGGCCCCAUAGUCGCCAUGGUUUGGGAGGGUCAUAAUGUGGUGAAGACGUCCCGCAUGAUGGUGGGAGACACAGACCCUGCAGCUGCAGCUCCGGGGACUAUCAGAGGAGACUUCAGCGUUCACAUCAGCAGAAAUGUGGUGCAUGCGUCUGAUUCAGUGGAGGGAGCGCAGAGGGAGAUCUCGCUGUGGUUUCACUGCUCGGAGCUCGUGGACUGGGAGGGAUGCGAUCACAAAAACAUUUACCACCUCUGAGAGACACACAGCGAUGUCUGAGUGCUCACUUCAGUAACCUCUUAUGGGACAAUUCCAGGUCAAUUUCAUUAAUGGCACAGAACAAUCUUGUUUCGCUAUAUAAAUUAUCAGUGAAAUGUAACAAUUGAAUGUAAAUAGGUUACAAUGGUUCUAUUUUAUAUUAUAAACCAUUUCAAAUGUAUUUUGAAGAGUGUUUACAAAAGGUGGUCUUCAAUAUUUUAAAGCUGACAUUUUGCUUUGCACAAGUGCUAGUUACAAUCGACUAAUUUGUUUGAAAGCCUUAAUAGUUUAUCAAUUUUGUUAUUUUUUAACACAUACAGUGAUUAAUACACAGUGCGGACCACUUUAAAAGAUGUUUAAACAAAGUGGGCUUAUGUUUUUUUAAUUAAAAAGAAAAAUUACUUGCCUUUGUCACCCAAUCCCCUCUCUCAGGAAAAUAAAAUGUAAUAACAAUACAUUAAUAUAUAUAGACUGUUCAUUUACAAGAAAAUAUGUUCAAU